CCCCAGGUCGAAAGGAUUGUAGACAAGAGGAAGAACAAGAAGGGGAAAUGGGAGUACCUCAUCCGGUGGAAAGGCUACGGGAGCACGGAGGACACAUGGGAGCCAGAGCACCACCUCCUGCACUGUGAAGAGUUCAUCGACGAGUUCAACGGGCUGCACCUGGCCAAGGACAAGAGGGUCAAGGCCGGGAAGCAGGCGGGCACCUCCAAGCUCCUGCGUGACACCCGCAGCCCCGCGUCGGUGGAGAAACUCUCCCACAGGCCUGCGGAGCCAGGAAAGAGCAAAGGGACUUCCCACAAGCGGAAGCGAAUCAACCCGCCCCUGUCCAAGCCCAGGAAGGGCUACUCAGGCAAACCCCCUGGGGCCGGGGACAGGGCUGCCAAGACUGUGUCCUACAGGACUACACCCAGCGGCCUGCAGAUCAUGCCCCUGAAAAAGGCCCCAAAUGGCAUGGAAAACGGGGAUGCCGGCUCUGAGAAAGAUGAGAGGCACUUUGGAAACGGGUCCCAUCAGCCUGAUGUGGAUUUGACCGACCAUGUCGGGGAGCAGGACACCAGCAGUGGCGAAUGUGACGGGCCCCACUCGGCGCUGGUGGAGAACGGGCUUGGCUCUGCUCUGACCAACGGGGCGCUGAGCCUGCACAGCCCGGUGAAGAGGAAGCUGGAGACUGAGAAGGACUACGUCUUUGAUAAGAGGCUCAGGUACAGCGUCCGCCAGAAUGAAAGCAACUGUCGGUUUCGGGACAUCGUGGUGCGAAAGGAAGAGGGCUUCACGCACAUCCUGCUGUCCAGCCAGACCUCGGACAACAACGCGCUGACGCCCGAGAUCAUGAAGGAGGUCCGGCGAGCGCUGUGCAACGCGGCCACGGAUGACAGCAAGCUGCUGCUGCUCAGUGCCGUGGGGAGCGUGUUCUGCAGCGGCCUGGACUACUCCUACCUAAUUGGCCGCUUGUCCAGCGACCGGCGAAAGGAGAGUGCUCGGAUCGCGGAAGCCAUCAGGGACUUCGUGAAAGCCUUCAUCCAGUUUAAGAAGCCCAUUGUGGUGGCCAUCAAUGGGCCAGCCCUGGGUCUGGGCGCUUCCAUUCUGCCCCUCUGUGACAUCGUGUGGGCCAGUGAGAAGGCCUGGUUUCAGACGCCCUACGCCACCAUCCGCCUCACGCCAGCCGGCUGCUCCUCCUACACCUUCCCGCAGAUCCUGGGCGUGGCAUUGGCCAACGAGAUGCUGUUUUGCGGUCGCAAGCUCACCGCCCAGGAGGCAUGCAGCAGAGGCCUCGUGUCGCAGGUCUUCUGGCCCACCACGUUCAGCCAGGAGGUCAUGCUGCGGGUCAAGGAGAUGGCGUCAUGCAGUGCCGUGGUGUUAGAGGAGUCCAAAUGCCUGGUGCGCAGCUUCCUGAAGUCGGUGCUGGAGGAUGUGAACGAGAAGGAGUGCGUUAUGCUCAAGCAGCUCUGGAGCUCCUCCAAAGGCCUGGACUCCCUGUUCAGCUAUCUGCAGGACAAGAUCUAUGAAGUCUGAAGCCCGCGCAAGGACUCCUGACUGUACCUCUGCCUGUGUUCCGGCUGCCAGAGCCCAGCAUCUGCCUGGCCAAGGAGUUCUUCCUGGUGUCUCUGUGCACCUAGGGUUGUGUCCAUCUCCUUGUGUCCUUUGGUUGUUCCUCAUUGGUUUGAUUUUGUGUGAUGGUGGGAAACACAGCACACCUGGCCUCCCCCAUGUCCCACCCCACGGAGCUCUCGAGGGCUCUGCCUUCCCAGUGCUCUGCCAGGUCCUGCCGUCCUUCCCCAUUUGCUGAAAUGCACCAUUGUGGUCCAGGAAGGGGAGACCACUCUCCCCCACCCUUCCGACUCAGGCUGUGUCUACACAGUGCCUCUGACUUGGAGAUGAGGCCAGCAUGGUUCGCUCUGGUUGAUCUAUCCUAGUGAAUUCACAGACCCAUGAGCGAGCGAUAGUGUAGACCUGGCUUCCGUCUCCUCUCCGAUGCAGUCUGUGUGACUAUUAGGGCUUGGUCUUAAAAUCCAACUGAGUGAUUUACAAACCCAGAUAUUGUACAUUUAGAAAUGUUUUGUUAAAUAUAUAUUUUUAAAACAAUGUAAGUGGAAAUUCUGAUAAUUUAUGUAUACUAUAUGUAAAGCUAGUUUUGCAAAAAAGAGAAACCAUGAACUACUAGGAAAACGUUUUCUUUUCUUUAAUAGGAUUUAUUUUAUUUAUUUAUUUCUGUUUAUAUAUUAUGAUGUCUGUUGUUCACACAGAUCUUAUUUUCAUACUGCCCUGGACCAAAUACCGUUCAAGGUUCAUGCUGUUUGGUGCAUUCUAGCAAUGAAGCAUGUAGAAGUAAAACUCAGAGGGAUGAGAACAAAAGGAUUUCUGUGGAUAAAGGAAUAGCUCUGCAUCAGACCCUCUUUGUGUAGCUGUGGUAACAUAAUACCAGUUCUUUAGUCUUGUCCGUAGGAAAAAUCACGGAAGGAGUUUCUCUUCAUUCUCUGUCUUUAAAGAGAUAAAGGGCUCUCAGCUUAAAUGGUCCCCAGACAGACCUAGUUCCUGCUCUUUGAAUAUCAGGAACAGGUGAGAACAGGCCUUACAACAGGCCCUACAUGGUAGCCUAUGGCCCACCGUGAGACUUUUCUUUGUGCAAAUGACUGAACUUGGAUUUCAGAGACCAUUUUUUCCUGUGCAUGUUGGCCGCCGGUUUUGGCUUUCCAGGGAAGUGGGGAAGGGUUCCCAUCUGCUGAGCGGCCUCUACAGUCUGAGUCUUCUUGCCUCCAGAAGCUUGAAUGACCCAUCUUUAGAAGUGGCCCCCUGCCUUCUGUUCAGAUUCUAGUCUGGGGCAGUUAUUUUCAGUAUCUACAGGAACGGUAUCCAGAUUCUCAUUGGAAAUGGAAGAGGAUGUUUAGAAAUUCAUUUCAAUCAACAUCCACCUUUGUUUCUUGCUAAAAGGACCAGAAAUGUCUUAGCUUUGGGAGUAUCCUUAACUUCAAACCCUUGAAUAGUUUGUGGAUCUGUAAUGACUAAGGUAGGGAGGUGAAACUGUCUCUGAGGUAGAACUCAUGCUGUUACUUUGUAAGUUCAGGGUGUAACAGGAGGUGUUUUCCGACAGUGGUUUUGGCUGUUUGCAUAAAGUCAGUUGAAUAAGGGAGUUCCACAGUUAGGCAAAAGUUAGUGAAGUUUCUCUGCUACAGUGUGGACUGAACCACUGGAUUUUUCACUUUCUGGACAGUUAUUUUGACAGUAUGUAAGUGAAAUCCAUGUAACUUAUAGCAAAUCUAUCUGGAAUGAAAAAUGCCAGACCCAUGGUUUGUUAAGGUUUACCCUAAGAGCAUUCUCUAGGUAAUGCUCUUUUUUUAAAAAAUCUUGUACCCCAGUGCCCUCUCUCCACCUAUAGGAAGCUUUUCUACUCUCUACCUUCCUUUUCUCCCCAACCCCAAGUCCCUGUCCUGUAUCUCUCUCUCCCUAGAACCUGGGCAGGUCUUUGAGGAACUGUCAUUGGGCUUGGCAGCCCAUCCCCGAAUUCCUUUGGGAUUGGAAGAACAGCUAUGGCUGGGAAGUUGAGAGUAUGUCUCCUGAGUCCAGGACUCUUCUGCAAGUCUGUUCCUCUCCAUCUACAGACUCCCCUCCCUUCUGCCCCUAUCCUGAUUAUGCUUCAAACCGUGUCCUAUAGUGGAGCCAUCGGAGUGAGCAGCCCUCUCCCAGCGGUCUUUCUACAGAACUCUUGUUAAGAUACUCAUACCUCCUCAAAGUUUGGGAGUUCCAGCAUAAUGCAGAUGUUAUACCUAUGUCUCUUCCGCCUCAGAAAUAAGGUAUAGAGGUAAAAGACAUCACCAUUCCUUGCUAAGAAUAAAAUUGUAUAACUAUGAGAAGGAAGCAGAGUAUUUGAAAUAUUAUUCUUAUUUGGUAUAGAUGAAACUAGAAAAUGGUCACUCAGAAGCAUGAAAUAUAUAUUUUCCCCAUAUGAAGUUUAGUAUGAGGAUGGAAAAAUAAUAAUUACGAUACACUUUGAACAAUGCAACUUUAUCUCUGAAUAGCCACAUUUAAAAAUAGCCUUGACUAAGUGCUGAAUUGCAUUUCCCAUUAUGAAUGGCUAGUUUCAGAACCUUUAAAAAAACUUUUGAGAAGUUUGUAAAGUUUUUUUAAUUUUGAAUUUAGUCAUAUUCACGAGAUUUUUCCAAUCAAGUUUCUGUGGAAAUUUUUUUAACAAAGAGAAACAAAUAGAAACAUCUGCAAAUCUUCCUAAGUGGAUAUUUAAAAUGCAGAAUUGCUCCUCUUCUGUGUUUCUGUGUUCAGAUACUUAGAUUUGUUGUAUAUAUUAGUCUAGACAUUCACUAAUAUACACAGUAUUUAAGACUCUAAAUGAGAUUUCUUAAGUAUUUUAUUUUAUUCUCUGUAAAUGGUUUUGUAAAAUCUUUAAAAAUCUACACUUUGCCUUUGUAGAUACAUCUUUGAGGGUUGUCUUGCAUGUAUAUUUUUGUUGUAGAUAAGUGUUGCUUAGUUCUUUCUGCAAAUUUUGGUUGAAAUGCUUAUAGACUUUAAUACAGUAUAUAUUUUCAAAAUAUAAACUUUUAUAUUUCUGUGGUAAGUUAGGAUAUGCGUUUUAGGCAAUCUUUUCCAUUAAUCUCACUUGUUCUUUCAAACAACUAAGCAUACUGGUUUGGUGCCAAUAUUUUUAUUUUGUUCUUUAUGUUUUUAAAAUCUACUGCUCUUCUAUUGUUAGAGAGCAAGUUCACUUUGUUUUUCUAGAAGUAACUUGAGUUUGAAGUAUCAUUUGAAAAUGUAUUAAAUUUGUGACUAAGCCUUACCAUUAGGAUCAGUAAACUUUCCAACCUUUGCAACUACGUAUGUAGUUUAAGAUCUCUGCAUAAAUUCUCACAGUGUCGCAGUUGAUGGAGUUUGUGAACAGAGCCUUAAGCUUGUUGCAAAAAUAAUAAUAAAAGGGUAAUACGGGUUGUUUCCUCCAUGUAAGCCAUGUUGAUAGGCUCAGUGUAGUCUGUCAAUCGUGGCUAAAUCUGAAGAGUUUGGUUGAGUUCUUGGCGGCAGGGACCAGAUAGAUACUUUGGUGAUUGUCUUUGGCCGUAAGGUUGGCCCAAGGACAGGUGUUCUGGAGCCACUUUCAUACUGUUCACCUGGUUUAGACGUGGUCAUGGGAGGGCUCUGGUUCAUCAUUUAUUCUAAACAAAUGGCACUUCCUGCCCCUGCCCCUGGUUGUGGACUCCGGGUUCCGUGUGGAUGGCCUGAGAAGUCCAGUGUGGCUGAGGUCAGUGCUCCUUGAGAACUGUUAACAAAGUUUACAUACGAGUCGUACCGUGUAGACAAUCUGAAGUCGGUUUUACAUAAUCAGCAUUCCCAUGUGUCUUCAGUGUCCCCUCAGUAACUCUGUGUGUCAAGCCAUACUGAUUUGGAGUUUCACAGGACUAAAGCAGACGGGAUGCCAAACCUGCUCAUCAACUGAGUCUGUCUCUCCAGCGCCAUCUCAAUGGAGAAAAGUCAAUCAUAGGGGUGAUGAACAGGGAGGCUAGUGUGUUUGGGAUCUAAUAAAACCAGCUAGAAUUUGGCCUUAAUGUAAAAAUAAUUACAAUUCCUUUUGCUUGGCCAUAAUCAAGUAUUACCAAUUUAUCUUCCCUACUAACACCUGUGAUCUAAGAUUUUGAGUCCCUGGUUAUGGUAUGGCUGAAGUCCUUUGGUUCAUCUUUGAUAGGUGUCCCAAAGGUCGUCUUAUCAACCACUAAGAUGGAGAUUGGCAAAUUUGCUUCCUGUUUUUGUAAUGUGUAUGACAGUCAGAAAAGCCAGGAUCUGGUAUUAAGCUUCAGCUCUGAUGUCUCUAUGGCUUGACCUCACUUCACUGGCCCAACAUCUGGCUGAUGCCAGAGCUCAUUAAGUUAACUUUGGGAAGUUCAGAAGGUGUAGAGUUUUCCGUCUAGUAUUUAAUUUGUCCCUGUGCUAUUAGUCUCAGCUUGAAGUCAUUUGCCGAUGUCUGCAUUGACAGGAUUCUGAAAAUAUUGCCUUUCAUAAAACCAAGGACCAAAGAAUUCCAUUAUUCCAACAAAGCACGAGUUUUAUAGAUUUUAGGCACGUCCAGAUGGAGAAAUGCGAGCUUGAUGGCACAGAGAGACCACUUAGUCCCCCGAUCCUCAGGCUCCCCCUGGCUGGCCAGACACAGGGACUCAUCACAUUGAGAAGGCUCUGAAAGAGGAGUUUCUAAGGUUGAAACUUACUAUCUCAGGUGGUGUUUCGCUAUAUAGUCCUCAUUUUGAUUCAUAUCAUAAAAAGUGGCACUCUGGCGUUUCUCUGGGUUUAUCUGAUCAGUGUAGAUGCCUCUGUUUGCGUAUGAGUCUCUGAUGUUAGUUUUGUAGCUGUGUCUAUGCUGAGCAGCAGAGUCCUACAACUGCCAGAUUUCUACCACUUCAGUUCUUUAUCAACCCAUUCCAGUUCUGGUUUGGCAGGGAGUGGGGAUCUUCCUCAGUUCUCACACCAGGUGAUGCACCAUUCUCAUUCAUGAAGAAAUCAUUGAUCCAUUAAUCAGUUGAGAAAUGACAGAUGUUGAAAAAGUGCUAUUCUAUUGGUAAGGCUUAUUACCAAACUUCUUAUAACAAAGCAGGCUACCAAAAACUUACCCAGCCCACCCUAAGAGUGUUUGGGUUGGGUCAUGGGUGUAGCAUACACACCAAAAUCUACGAGACCUUUGCAAAUUAGGCUACUUAUUUUAUUUUGCCAGAUUAUCAUGGGAGAGUCUUUAACUAGUUCUGAACAUUUGUAAGUAUGAGUACUUCAUAGAGAUAUAAAGCAGGUACAGCGGACCCAUCCUCACCAUGUUGUAAAUAUUUCCUGAAACUGGGUGCAGUCCCGAGGGAUAAUAACCUUCUGAUUUAUCAAAUGCUGACUGUCUAGAGCAAAUUGUACACUCUCUUUGUGAAUGGUCCUGUAACGUGUAUGAACACAUUUCUGGGUGCCUUAGAAGUUGUAUUUUUCAUGUGUGCUAAUAUGCAGUAUUUAUACAUUGUGAGAAGCUGCUUUGAAUAAAAAGGUUGAAACUUCGUCUCCA